AUGACUGAGGGGAGGGCCCAGCCGUCGCACACGCCCGACCAUGCGACCCCAGCCGCAUCGGGGUCUGGGGUCGCCGCCGGCAUCAUCACAGGCGGGGAUACAAGUCGCGGCACGGCUGCGGCCCAGGACUGCGCCGUCGACGUCGAGCAGAUAGGGAGGCCCAGGACAGCAACCACCACGGCCGAGAUUGACAGCACCAUAAUACACCCCGGCAGUGUUAAGAUCAACGUCAAGGGCGCCUUCAUCGUGGAGCAGGACUCGGCAACCCCCGUCGCCCAGAGCUUCAACGGGGGGAGGGGCUCGCCCGACCAUCACCAGACCAAGGACAUCAGGCUGCCAAACCACACAGCCGUGCUCGUCUACUUCUCGCGCGAGGGCUUCUCUACCGAGCCCGGCGGCCGUCUCAACUUCACCAUCUUCGAGACAGACAGGAUAGACGACUGUAUCGCUUUCAUGCGCCACCUGAAGGAGAACCAGCAGACACUCAAUGGCUCGAACCCCGGCCAGCUCACCGUCAUGGCCACCGGCGGUGGCGCCUACAAGUACUACGACAAGAUCCGCGACGUCCUGGGGGUCGACGUCAUACGGGAGGAGGAGAUGGAGUGUCUGAUAAUAGGCCUGGACUUCUUCAUCACCGAGAUCCCACGCGAGGUCUUCACCUACAGCGAGACCGACCCCAUGCACUUCGCCAGCCCCGAGGAGAACAUGUACCCGUACCUGCUGGUCAACAUCGGCUCUGGCGUGUCCAUGCUCAAGGUCUCCGGCCCCAGGGAGUACCAGCGCGUGGGCGGCACAAGCCUCGGCGGCGGCACCCUCUGGGGGCUGCUGAGCCUGCUUACCGGCGCAAGGACUUUCGACGAGAUGCUCCACAACGCCGCACAGGGCGACAACUCGCAUGUCGACAUGCUGGUGGGUGACAUCUACGGGACGGACUACGGAAAGAUCGGCCUGAAGAGCACCACCAUCGCUAGCUCCUUCGGCAAGGUAUUCAGGAUGAAGCGGGAGGCCGAGAGCGAGGCCGAGGACAUGGGCGGCCUAAGCAAUGGCGACUUGGACCACGCUCUUGACGAGCAACGACAACAGAACCACCAGCAGCACGAGCCACCACAGUCAUCAUCACAAGGCCCAGGGGCACCCCAACCGGCACCAGCAGACACGUCCCGCUUCUCCUCGGCCGACGUAUCCCGCUCGCUCCUCUACGCAAUAUCCAACAACAUCGGCCAGCUGGCCUACCUGCAGUCGCAAGUACACGGGCUGGAACGCAUCUACUUUGGUGGGUCAUUCAUCCGCGGCCACCCGCAGACUAUGAACACGCUGUCGUACGCCAUCAAGUUCUGGUCAAAGGGCGCCAAGCAGGCCUACUUCCUGCGCCACGAGGGCUACCUGGGGGCCGUCGGCGCAUUCCUCAAGCGGCAGCCGCGCAACUGGGGCCGAAGGGGCAGCUUCGAGGAGGGCGGCAGCGAGAGCCUCAGCCUCGAGAGCAGAAUGAAGGGGCGUCUCGACGAUAGCGUCGAGACACCGCAGCCCGUCAUGGAGUACCCUGGCACCGCGUCUGCGACAUCGUUCGCAUACCCGGGCACACUCUAG